AGAACAUUUGCAAAUUAUCCAUUUUAUGGGUAACGUGCACAGUAACAUAAUUGCUACCAUCUACUAUAAUCCUUUUGCUGAAAACAUAUUGGGGUUAAGCAAGAAUCAUGACAGCUGAAAAGACUAUCCCUGUAAUUAAUGGGAAACCUGAGGAUGCUUUGGAUGCUGAAGCUUCAAGUUCCAACCUGGUCCACAGCAAUGACAAGAAAGUCCAUGAAAGGGGCCACUGGAAUAACAAAGUGGAAUUUGUGCUGUCUGUGGCAGGGGAAAUUAUCGGGCUGGGAAAUGUGUGGAGGUUUCCAUACCUUUGCUACAAGAAUGGAGGAGGAGCUUUUCUUAUCCCAUAUGUGGUGUUCUUUUUAUUCUGCGGCAUACCAGUAUUUUUCCUUGAGACAGCGCUUGGGCAAUUUACCAGUGAAGGAGGAAUAACAUGCUGGAGAAAAGUUUGCCCUUUAUUUGAAGGUAUUGGAUAUGCUACUCAAGUGAUUGAAGCUCAUUUAAAUGUCUACUACAUCAUCAUCUUAGCAUGGGCAAUUUUCUAUUUAUUCAACUGUUUCACUACUGAACUGCCUUGGGCCACUUGUGGACAUAAAUGGAAUACAGAUAAAUGUGUGGAAUUUCAAAAACUUAACAUGACCAACGGAAGUAUUUCAAUGUUUGCCAAUGCCACAUCUCCGGUGAUGGAGUUCUGGGAACGAAGAGUUUUGGCCAUUUCAGACGGGAUUGAGCAUAUUGGGGAGCUUCGAUGGGAAUUAGCACUUUGUCUUCUUGCUGCUUGGACCGUUUGUUAUUUCUGCAUAUGGAAAGGGACAAAAUCUACCGGAAAGGUGGUCUAUGUUACUGCAACUUUCCCCUAUGUUAUGCUGCUAGUUCUCCUGGUCCGUGGGGUCACUUUACCUGGAGCAUCCGAAGGAAUAAAAUUUUACUUGUAUCCUGAUUUGUCUCGGCUCUCAGAUCCACAGGUGUGGGUGGAUGCAGGUACCCAGAUCUUCUUUUCCUAUGCCAUCUGUCUGGGAUGUUUGACUGCUCUGGGGAGUUAUAAUAACUACAACAAUAACUGCUACAGAGACUGCCUCUUGCUUUGCUGCCUGAAUAGCGGCACCAGCUUUGUGGCCGGUUUUGCCAUAUUUUCCGUCCUUGGAUUCAUGGCUUAUGAACAAGGAGUUCCAAUUGCUGAGGUUGCAGAAUCAGGACCUGGUCUCGCUUUUAUCGCUUACCCGAAAGCUGUCACCAUGAUGCCUAUGGCCCCAUUAUGGGCAGCCUUGUUUUUCAUGAUGCUCAUUUUUCUGGGACUUGACAGCCAGUUUGUGUGUGUAGAGAGCUUGGUAACUGCCGUGGUUGAUAUGUAUCCAAAGAUUUUCCGAAGAGGUUACAGACGUGAAUUGCUAAUCUUAGCACUUUCCAUUGUAUCCUUCCUUAUUGGCCUCAUAAUGUUAACUGAGGGAGGAAUGUAUGUCUUUCAGCUUUUUGACUCAUAUGCAGCCAGUGGAAUGUGUCUUCUGUUUGUCGCAGUGUUUGAAUGUAUCUGCAUAGGGUGGGUUUAUGGAAGCAAUCGAUUCUAUGACAACAUUGAAGAUAUGAUUGGCCAUCGUCCUUUUGUUUUAAUUAAAUGGUGUUGGAUGUUCUUUACUCCUGGAAUUUGUGCUAGCAUCUUCAUAUUCUUUUUGGUGAAGUACAAGCCUCUGAAGUACAAUAAUGUAUAUACAUACCCACCAUGGGGUUAUGGAAUAGGCUGGAUGAUGGCCCUUUCGUCAAUGGUGUGUAUUCCACUGUGGAUAAUUGUAAAGGUGUGGAAGACUGAAGGAACCUUUUCUGAGCGAUUCAAAAAGUUGAUAGUGCCCAGCCCAGACUUGAAAAUGAGGGGGAAACUCGCAGCUGCUGCCUGUACAAAUGCCGUAAACGACUGUGAUCCCAAGCUUAAAGGUGAUGGAACCAUAUCAGCCAUUACAGAAAAAGAAACUCACUUCUAAAAACAACAUAUUUUAUUUUCUGGCUGUUGUUUUGUAAAAUAAGAAUAUGAAAAGGAUGAAAUAUUAUUACUUGGAAAUUAAUAGAGGCUCACAUGUUUCGCACAGAUUUUAACAUGUUUAAUUUCAAAGUGCACAUUGUAUACUGUUUAAAGUGAUUUUUAAUUAUUAUAUAAGUGACUGAUUACAAAAAAACAGUAUUGUAUGGUCUUUUAGUGCCAAGUUUAUGUAAUAUUGUGAUACUUGUCAAUGUCUUAUAUAUAGCUUUAGACACAUGUAUAGUGUGUUGUAAAAUUUUUAUACUUGGAUUUUAUGAAGCAUGGUGUUUGUAUAGAAACUUCUAAUAUAAUGUACACAGAGUCGACCAUUCCAGCUUUUAAUGUAU